AUAUGCAGAAGACACAAUUGACAUCGCUUUGUGCACGUGCUCUGGUACCGGAGUGAAACUUCGCAUACCUUCUAGAAGGAAAGCAGAUCUGCAAACGGCAUAAGGAAGACAAAAAGGCAACAUACGGUGUUAUAAUUACUAUUACCUUCCUUAAGGGCAAGAAUUUCAUCGCUCCAGAGUAGCGCUACCCAAUUGACAAGUGCGCAGCCCGAACGUAACUCGACUCGCGUAGAGCUGUUCAGAGAAGAUAUAUAGUUAUAUACGUUCGAUCAUUCACCAAAGCGAUUGUUUGUUGAUUAAGCCGCAACUCGCCGUUGGACAGGAUGAGCUUUCCGCAAUGGAAAGGUCUUUGGGACUGGAGCAUGAAGUAUGCGGACGGCACGGGGGCUAGCAGAUUUCGCCCCGAGGAUGUGGACCCGGAGAAGAUGAAGUGGCUGGAGGAGGCUCUCAAGCACUACAUGAUCGACUUCUCCGCGCGCAUGCGCGACAUCAAGGCCACCCUGGAGCGCGACACCUCCGCUGCCGCCUCCGCCAGCCAGCAGCGACAGCAAGGGCAGGGGCAGCAGCAGGCGGGGGGCAGCGACCAGGGACCCGUUGCCGGCGGAGGAGAAGAGGAAAGGGUGGGUGCUGCAGCAGGGUCAGUAGCCGGGUCAGCAGCAGGUGACCUGGAGGAGCGCGAGGCGCUGCUGGAGGAGCUGAUGGACAUCGUGUCAUCCAUCGACUACGCCAGGGACCUCCACAAGAUCGGCGGGCUGCCUGUGCUGCUGGAGCUGCUGGCCAGCCCGCACCCCUCGCUGCGUUGGCGCACUGCGGAGGUGGUGG